UUAGGCCGCCGCCGCCGCCGCCGCCGCUGCGCCCAAUGUCUAGAUCACUCCCACGAGGCGUCGCUGUCGUCAUCCGAUCGUCGAAUGCCUUUCCCAAUUCCUCGCCCCGCUUCGCCUCCUCGUCUUCCUCCGCAGCAGGGCUUCGAUCGAGCAUCGCCGAUGGGUCCUCUGGAUUCACCUCGCCUCGCCGCCGGAUCCAGGUUCGAUCCGCACCCUCCGCCGCCUCACCGCUUGGUAAAUUCCGAUUAUUACUCUCGCCAAUCCCAUCGCCACCACCAUGUUUCGUUCCCUUCGCCCGCGCCGCCGUUUUCGGGCCACCUUGCCCGAUCCCUCCGCCGCCUUCCCGUCGAAGACGGAGGCCGCCUUCGCGUCCCUUACUCGCAAGGUCCGUUCCCGCAGCCACCCCUUAGAGUCCCCGACCGCUCGCCCCUUCUCGACGACGGCUACCCUUCGCCCCGGCCGCAUCUCAUGGGACCCGGCGAGCGUUUCGUCCAUGAUUCUCUGGAAAGUCGUGCUAUUGACGCCGAUAGGUUUAGGGUUGUCGAGGAGAGCCAAGAGUUGCUUCGAUUGAGGUGGGGGGAUGAGGAAAAGCGGCGCGCUCUGGCUUAUUCCCGUGAUAAUGUUUAUGGAGAGGAUUUUGAUGGAGAUUUGACGAGAAGAAAGAGACUGCGAUGGAUGGAAGACACUGGGCUGGAGGAGUAUUUGGGAGGCGCAAGCAAGAGCCAUCUUAGGGUUUGGGACAAAGAGAUCGACCAUGCACACCAUGUCUUGCUUCCUGGUCCUUCUGUAAUUCCAGUUCAUGCUUCCUCUCCUAGGGCUCCACGCCACUUUGUUGCCAUGGAUGUGAAGAGGGAAGCUGCUUCUGUUGCUGAAUGGCAGUAUUUGCUGCCACCGAUGAAGUCUUAUUCUGAUAAACAUAGAGAAGUUAGGAGAGGAGAAAGACCACCACAGUUGCCUUUUUUUUCAGAUAGGAAUAGGGAAAUAGGUAGAGAUAGAGAGGAUGUGAGAGAACUUGAUCCUGUUCUGGAGCGGCAUAUUAGAACACCAUUUCCCACAAUGCGAUCUCCAGGCGAUCCUUAUUCCAAUACAAAUGAGGAUUUUGGAACCAGUUCAGAUGUAUAUAAUGAGCCCACCACAGGCACAGUUUAUUCCUAUAAGGAGAAUUACUUGGGUGAUAAUAGAGGUAAAAGAAAGCUUUCCAACAGGGAGAGUGAUCAAAUUAUAAUUCGAUCAUCAGGGAAACAAUCUGCAAAGAGUCCCAGCGCUAAGCUCUUUAAUAAGGGGAAUGACCAAAUUAUGAUAUCUUCACCAGGGAAACAACCUGCAAAGAGGCCCAGUGCUCUUUCUAGGAUACAAUCUGGGGUAUCUGUUUGGAGCAGGCUACAGGAGAAAACAUUGGUUGGCACUGCACCUCCUGAAUCAGUUUCUCAACCCACUACUUUUAUUAAGCAUCAAUCAGAAUCACGCACACCUGAUCUCUCACUCAAAUCAAGUAGUCUUGUUGGUCAAAUGUCUUCUCCAAGAUCAGCCUUACUGGUUUCUGAUGGAAAAGGUCGUGAGACGUCGACACCCAAAAAGGUAGUGAAAAAGAAGAAGUUAGUGAGGAAGGGGGAGGAAUUUGCUACUCCUGUUGUUUCUGUAUCAGUGGUUCCCGAAGAGAAUGAUGGAAUCUCUAAGAUGCUCAUGCUGAACAAUCAGAAAAAGAUAGAUGAUCAAGAAGUGUCAGAUAAACAGGGAAGUUCCUCCAUGAAAGAUGUAAAUAAUGCUAGCCUUCAGAAUUCAUCAAGGAGGGCUGCUAGCACCAUGUCAAUAGAUGAGAACAUAGGGGAAGAAAAAGAAAUUUUCCAUUCUGUUGGUGGUGGAAAGAUCAAAGGAACGAACUGUAUUAUAGAAAAACAGGAAGUCGAACUUGCUAUUUCUGCUAAUUUAGAUCCUUGUUCUUCAGAAUUCAUAGACACAGAGACUGCAGAAAAGAAAAGUGUUUCAACUGAUCCUGCUAGGUAUGCUGAGGAGGAAAAGGGAAAACAAUUUGUUGAACUUGGACAAACUGUCAACCAAAACUGCACCAAUGCAAUAGUGGAUAUUGGAGUUGUAAGCAAUGGCAGUUCAAGUCCCAUUAAUCAUGUCAAUGUUGAGGGUAAAGUAGAUGAGGAAACUGGGCAGUUGCCAUCAGUUCUCCAGGCUCAAAACGCCAUGGAUGAGAAUCACAAUAACCAAAAUUUUGAUGGGUCAAAUGAUGGUCAGAAAUCUGGAGAUCUUGACAAAGGUUUUGCUGCAUUUUCCAGCAAGUACUCUUCGUCAACACUGAGAAAUAGUGAGCAGUUAGUCAUGUCAGUUGGUCAUAUUACCUCCUCUUUAACCAGCUAUAGCAUUAUAGAUGACAACUUAAAAAUGAAACAACAUACUGUUGGAAAGCAGCAUGUAGAGAUCAAUGCUCAUGCAAAAGAGCUAAAGGAAAUUAAUGGGCGUAACUUGAUGACUGGUAAGGGUUAUUUGUGCAUGGAAACACAGAAUCUUUCAGUCGACUUGGCUCCACAGUUAAUGGAUGCAGUUUCAGGUGGAUACCUUCCAGAGAUUACCAUAGAUGAGAAAGGCAACAGCCUUGCCUCACAUGCCAAUGUUGAAUCACGUCAAUCUGAUAGCUCAAAACCUAGGGAGGAAGAUUUAGUAGCUUCAUCCUUUUUUGUGUCUGAAGUUCAAGAUGUUUCACCUUGUAUAGAUUCUGAACAGCCUCAUUCAGGACUGCCUGAUAGAUAUGGUUGCAGUGAAGAUGGUUUGAUUAAAGAUGGUAGUAACCAAGAUCAGAAAGUAAUCAUAGAAGACAAGUAUUCAUUGGCUUUCAGAGGAUCCUUGGCAGCAAAAGUUGAAGGUGUUACAUCAGCUCAGAACAUUAGUUGUAAACCUAUGUUUGAUAAAGAAGUUAGCUUAUUAUCAGAUGAUGCUGUGAAGCAAAAACCCCUGGAAUCAAAAGAUAUGAAUGGACAAAAGCAAUUGAGCAAGAAGACAAUGCCAACUGUUGGACUUCCAAAAGAUACUCCAAUUCGAGAUAACUCAGUUAAUUCAUCCAAGGAAGCAGCUCGUUCACACCAGAGUUUGAGACACAAGACUUGGCAUCGAAAGGAUGUUCCCUCUUCAACUUUUCAGGGGAUUUUGCAAUCUCAUAAAGGUGGUUCAUUAUCAAAGCUAUCUCCAAGGAAGCUUGGAAAGAUUCAAAAUUCUUAUGUUCGUAAAGGUAACAGUCUUAUUAGGAAACCAUCUACAGGAACUCUUCAGCCAUCACAUUCUCUAGGAAGCUCAAGAAAAUUGAGUAAAGAUAUCACAGAGAAAAGCAUUGUUUUUGGAAGUAGUGAUAGUACAAACAAUAUGCGUACCUGUCCUAGUCCUUCUUUCGAGAGUAAACUAUCUACAGAGCCUACUCAGCCAUCACAGUCACUGGGAUAUACAAAUAAAUUCAACAAAGAUAUCAUAGAGAAAAGCAGUUCUGGAAACAAUAUUCUCAACUGUUCUAAUCCUUAUUUUGAGAGACUGAAGACACCUCCUUUGCCUCUUGUUGCCAAGUUAUCAAAUUCCACCGUAGAUCUUUCAUCUGAUGUUCCUCAUGCCUUGUCAGAGAAUUCUGUUCCUGAAGCUAGGACUGAUGUUCAGGAUACACCACUUGUUCUGCCUUCUGUUGAUAAUCAAAAUGUCACAAGGGAUAAAAUAUGUGAACCUUUGGGUAAGAGAAUGAUAUAUGUGAAACACAGAUCCAAUCAGUUGGUUGCUGCUUCAUCCCACAAAAUCAAGGAUUCAGUUAAUCCUUAUUUGGAUAAGAUUCCAGCAUUAGCUUCCUCAGCUUCAUCUGACUUUUACUAUAAGAAAAAUAAGCAUCAACUUGUAAGGAAUGUCUAUUCUUCAGAAGGGCAAAGUAGUGACAUGCUUCCUGGAAAUGGAAGCAUGGGUGAGCAGAAGGUUUCUAUAUCUACUGCUAAUGGUGUUGCUUCUAGUGUACUCAAGAAAAAAUCAAACAAAGCUCAACACAAACAACACAAAUACUCCAGUUUAUUUUCUCAUGUUUGGACAUUGUGUGGAAAACAACCAUCUAAAAAAGGUGUCUCAUCAUUAUCUCAUAUGGAAGUUCUUCCUUACUUAUUUCCAUGGAAGAGAGCUACAUUGCUACCAAGCCGCAAAUUGCAACUUGCAAGGAAAAAGGAUACACUCUACACAUUAUCGACUGAUGGGUUUUCUCUGAAGAAGCGUGGGGUGUCACGGCUUAGUAAAUCUAGUUUGAAAUGGUCAAGGUCCAUGCAAAGACGUUCAAAAGUAGUUAAUAAGGAGGCUGAAUUGGCAGUUGCUGAAGUUGAGAGGAAGAAUAAAGGACAAAACAAUCUUCCCUCUGUUUCUGGCCUUAAACAUAAUAUAAAUUCUGUGCUCAAUGAGCAGUCACGUGCUGGUAAUGCGGGAAUUGGAAAUGACAAUAUAUCUUCGGCUUCAGUAAAAUUAUUGGGAGGCAACAAUGAAUACGUUCGGAUAGGUAACGGUAACCAACUGGUGAGAGACCCCAAGAUACUUACUCGCAUUUUAGCCAGUGAAAAGGUUAGAUGGAGUUUGCACAUGGCCAGAUCGCGCUUGGCAAAGAAGAAGCAAUACUGUCAGUUUUUUACUCGAUUUGGCAAGUGCAAUAAAAAGGGAGGGAAGUGUCCAUACAUUCAUGACCCAUCUAAAGUAGCCAUUUGCACCAAAUUUCUUAACGAUUCAUGUUCAAAUUCAGAUUGCAAGCUUACUCACAAGAUCAUUCCAGAAAGAAUGCCCGAUUGCUCUUAUUUUCUACAAGGUUUAUGCACCAAUACAAGUUGCCCAUACAGGCACGUAAAUGUCAACCCUAAUGCUGCUGCCUGUGAAGGCUUUAUCAAGGGCUACUGCGCCGAUGGUGAUGAGUGCUGUAAGAAACACAGUUACGUGUGCCCAAUGUAUCGAGCAUCAGGCAAGUGCCUACAAGGAACCAAGUGCAAGCUCCAUCACCCCAAAACCAAGAACAAGCGGAAGGAGAGGAACGACAUCAUGGUACAAGGCAACACCUGGGGGCGUUACUUUGGUUCUGGUGCCAGUGAGAUCAGUGAGUCGUUACUAGUUUCUUCUGAUGCAAGAGUCGAGAAGGCCAAUGAUCUAUUCGACAAUGGUUGGUUUGCCGAGUUCAUUGCCCUCACCCCCUAUGAAAAUGACCGCGAAGCAUAUUUCAUGGACUCUGAGGAUGCUGCACAUCCAUCCCGCUUUGGAUCAGGUGACGGUGCUCUGCAGAAUGAUGACCCUGAUGCUUCAAUCAAGCCGAUUCGGAUCAUGAGAAAGGAUUAUCCACCACUGCCAUCCUUCACAAAUGGCUCGUAAAGUGAUGAUCACUAGUGAUUCAUCUCUUUUCCCAGCUAACCAAAUCCAUUCUUCCAUAUCAUAUUCUUCUUCCCUUUUUAUACUGACUCCUUUUCAGGUUGGAUGGAUUCCUGCUUCCUUCUCUGUAGCAUUUGGCUGUGGCUGAAGUUGGCUGGAGAUCCAGGUAAGCAAAUAUUGAUCUGAUCUGAUCUGAUAUAUCAUCCAUCAGCUCUCAGCAUCACGGCGAACCGCGAGAUGGUUUCAAAACCUACUGCAUUGAAGAUCUGAUAAUAGCACAUCAAACUAGUCGCAAACACAAAUGGCCUUGGUUUUUCUAUAGGCAACCUAAAACCAGAGAAUCUGUAUCGAAAUAUACCGUUUGAGGGGAAAAUAGUGAUGUAAAAGAUGUUAUUAAUGCAAUGAAAAAAUCGUACUCUUGUGGAAA